AUGAGUCAACCAACUACCAUAGAAUUGCUAAUGCAACGUAUCAAUGAGCACAUUCAAGUUGAGGAUGAUGCGACCGCAGCUACCGCGAAGGCGAAUCCGGUAGCGACGGUCAAGAGGGUGGCUGGAAAGGUUAACGCAGUCGGACAGGAGGCAAACCGUCCAAAAAACAGCGAAAGAGAAUUAGAUCACAGUGCUAACUGCAACAAUCGAGGUAAGGGUCAUCGCAAUGACCGAGCUGACUACCCCCGCGUUGCCGCGGAAGAUGCAAAGAGAAAUUUGAACGCUCGAACAGGCAUCACCAUGGUUUUCAAGAUCCCAAUCUAUCGCAUCUUUAGCGAGAUCCGCGACAUGACAUACGCCUGGUUUUCGGCUAAGUUGGGCGACACACAAAUGGGCUUCAAUCUGCGGUAUCGCUGUAAUUUUCACGUUGAGCGAGGGUACCGUACCGAGGACUAUUUGCCUCUGAAACAACAUCUGGAAGAGUUGGUAGCUACCGAUCACUUGGACCGUUAUAUUGAUAGAGGCGUCAAGGCAGUGCCCCAAGCUUUAGCCGAACCUAACAGUUUGGUUGCCUUAGACGCGCCCGUCCAAGGCAUAAUCAACGUGAUCCAUGGAAUUGUUGAGCCGACGCGGGUAUGCGAGCUCUGGGGAAUGAUAAAGAAGGCAGAGCACAUACGAGAAGUGCUAUCUGUCCAGCCCGCGGUCAAGAGGGGCAAUACCGAGGUGAAAGAUGUACUCAGGUUUUCAAGCCAAGAUCUUGACCACAUUCAGAUGCCGCAUAAUGAUGCACUGGUGGUCACACUUCACAUGAAGGAUUUUGACAUUAGGCAUAUUUUGAUCGAGCAAGGCAGCUCGAUUGAAGUAAUGCAUUAUGACCCCUUUAAAUAG